CUUGGGAGGAUGUAGAGCGGUCAUUGUUUCAGUCAUCCUUCCGAACAUGAAACUGGCCAUGAACUCGAAUUAAACCAACCUUUGGUUUUGACCAUUUGGUUUCACAAGCGGACAGCCAAACCAAUCCAGUUGAAGAGCUCUGCAUGUGGCUGACAGCAGCUUUCCUAAGGGCUUGCAUUUGAAAUGGGAUCUCAGGGCAAUCUCUGCCAGCCACUUUCCUGACACAAACUCAUUUCUUGUCUCAGAUCUGCAGUGGCCUUCUCACUGAAGCAGCUGCUUCAGCAGCAGCAGCAGCAGCACCAUCCCAAGGAGCCUUUGCUCUCCAGCUGGAGAAGUGGAGCUGGGGCACUUGGUUCACCUCCUGUGCUGACCCAGCUGCCGCUCAGCAACAGCGGAUCGAGGAUGACUCCCUGCAGCAAUGGAGGAGAAUGGUGAAGAUGGAAAAUCCCAUGAUGAAAUACACUAAUCUGGAAUAUAUUGGCAGGGGGACUUUUGGAGAUGUUUGUAAAGCACUGGACACUGCCACAGGAGGAGAGGUGGCCAUAAAGAAAAUAAAUCUUCAAGAACUGAUCAGAAGGGAAGUAACCUUUAAGGAACUCAUGGUCAUGAAAAUUAAUAAGCACCUAAACAUUGUGAAUUAUUUAAAGAGCUACCUUCUGGGUGAUGAACUCUGGCUGGUUAUGGAGUACAUGGAUGGAGGUGCCCUGAGCGAUGUCAUCAGUGAGACUCACAUGUCUGAAAGAGAGAUUGCAGCCGUCAGUCGGGAGUGCCUGUGAGGACUGGAUUUUCUUCACUCAAACCACAUGAUCCACCGAGGUCUGAAGAGCUGCAACAUCCUUCUCAGAACCAACGGCUCUGUCAAGCUGGCUGACUUUGGCCUCUUUGCUCAGCUCACUCCUGAGCAGAGUAGACAGAGCUCCGUGGCCAGCACUUCUGGGUGGAUGGCGCCUGAAGUGGUGACAGGUCAACCAUAUGGCCCCAAAGUGGACAUAUGGUCUUUUGGAAUCGUGGGCAUUGAAAUGGUGGAAGGAGAAGCUCCUUACUGGAAAGAAACUUCUGGCAUGGUAAGGAGCAAAUACUGACUGAUCCCUCUGUCUUUCUCACCUGUCCCGUGUUCUGUGUGCCACUGGACAAAAUCCCGUUGCCAUCUGCUGGCACCACUUCCACCAAGAUCCCCUCCUAAAAAUGUCCCUGCAGCACAUCAGCAUCUGCUGUAGCUUUGGUUGCAUCAGAAGGGAAGUGGCAGUUCAGAAACCUAAGCAGUUCAGACACCUAACCAGUUCAGAAACCUGCCAUUUAGGCCUCCAGCCAUGCCUGAUAUUUCUCAUUUGCUUUUUAAACCGAGUUGGAGCUCUGUCUCUGAAGGAAAAAAUUUU